GGAUUCGGAUCAAAAUACUUUUUAAAUGAAAAAAUGAUUGAAUUGUGAGACGUGAUUAUCUGAACAGCGAGACUGCAAUGAAGACUCCCUGGAACGCAACCUAAAUUGCCGACGCAUGUGCAGUGAAUGCACUUCCUAUUCAGCUCACAGCGCUGCGUUUUCUUGAACCAAACUACUUUUCAACGUAAAAAAACAGAUUAGUAACCGCGUGUUGGCUCAAGACAAUCCAACGUCAUGAGCUUGUUUGGGCCAAGCGCUGGGUUUGGCGCGGGAGGAUUCGGAGCGGCAACCACGGACACACACAACCCAAUGAAGGAUGUGGAAGUAACCUCACCCCCAGAUGACAGCAUCAGUUGCUUGGCGUUUAGUCCCCCUGCCAUGCCAGGGAACUUCUUGAUAGGGGGGUCCUGGGCCAAUGAUGUGAGGUGUUGGGAGGUACAGGACAAUGGGCAGACAGUCCCCAAAGCCCAGCAGAUGCACACAGGUCCAGUCCUUGAUGUCUGCUGGAGCGAAGACGGAAGCAAGGUUUUCACAGCGUCUUGUGAUAAGACUGCCAAAAUGUGGGAUCUCAACAGCAACCAGGCAAUACAGAUCGCACAGCAUGACGCUCCUAUCAGAACAGUCCACUGGAUCAAAGCCCCCAACUACAACUGCAUCAUGACAGGCAGCUGGGACAAAACUCUGAAGUUCUGGGACACCCGCUCGCCCAACCCAAUGAUGUCCCUGCAGCUGCCGGAGAGGUGCUACUGUGCAGACGUGGUGUACCCCAUGGCAGUGGUAGCGUCUGCAGAGCGAGGUUUGAUUGUAUAUCAGCUUGAGAACCAGCCGUCUGAGUUCAGGAGGAUAGACUCACCACUCAAACACCAGGUGACUGGUUUCACAUACCAGCACCGCUGCAUAGCCAUCUUUAAGGACAAACAGAACAAGCCUGCUGGAUUUGCUCUUGGGAGCAUUGAAGGGCGGGUCGCCAUUCACUACAUCAACCCUCCUAACCCAGCCAAGGAUAACUUCACCUUCAAGUGCCACAGGUCGAAUGGAACCAACACAGCCACACCGCAAGACAUCUAUGCUGUGAAUGCCAUCUCCUUCCAUCCUGUCCAUGGUACACUGGCGACUGUUGGGUCUGACGGUCGCUUUAGCUUCUGGGAUAAAGACGCCCGCACCAAGCUGAAGACCUCGGAGCAGCUGGACCAGCCAAUCACAGCUUGCUCGUUCAACAACAAUGGCAACAUCUUUGCCUACGCCUCUAGCUAUGACUGGUCAAAGGGGCAUGAGUACUACAACCCUCAGAAAAAGAACUACAUCUUCCUGCGUAAUGCUACUGAGGAGCUGAAACCUCGGAACAAGAAAUGAUUUGUCCAGUGUCUCGCCUGUUUGCAAAAUGGAGGGUUGUCAAACACACACCUCAUGCCUGCAUGACCCUGUUCCUAUCCUGUGCCAACACCGAUGGUGGAGCUGUUGCUUGCAAAAAGACCAAUCACUUGGUCUUUCAUCUGCUUGGAAUUGGCCUGGCUAUUCUGUCCCAGCCACAGGCAUUCCAAUAGGGGUUGGAGAGUGAGGAGAUGAUAUUGUUUUGUAAUAUCUGAUAUUUUAUUUUCUAUUGUCAGUUGCUAGGUUUCCAUCGAAUUGGCGACAGACUUUUCAUGUGAAUAUUCGAAAAUCUGCUAAAACAAAAUCUAAAAACAAUAUGCACAUUUUCCCACCAGAGAUGUUUCCAUCCAAUUGAUUUGUUGUGGAUAGAAGGCUGUGCGUGAUGACAGUGCACAUAAAAAUAACUUUUGCGGUGAAAUUCCCAUGUACUAAAUAAAAAAUACA